AAGUAGAAACUUUCGCUCUAUGCUCUAUGUUACUGCAAAUGCAUCAUUGGGACAAGUCCCAAACUCUACCAGGUAUAUUCGCUCGCAAGGAGAAUGACAGGCCUAAAGAAGUGUUUGUUGGCUAUGGCGGAACACGAGGAUGGUGGCAGCAGCCGCGCAGCAGUACAAUCAAAAUUCUCCGCGCUAUGGGCCGUCUACUCGAGAAUGUCCGCGAGCUUCUGGAUCCUACUCGUGCUAAGCACGCUCACAAUGCUCGUCGCUUUCCCGGUGUCGAGCAUCCUCUUCCGGCUCUACUACGUCAAUGGCGGCUCCCAUCGCUGGCUCCUUACAUGGGUGGGAUCAGCCGGGUGGCCUCUCCCGGCUAUCAUCCUCUUGCUCGUCUAUCCAGUCCGCGGCAUCGCCCCAACACGCCCGACCUGGACGCUCCUCCUCGCCUACGCGGUAAUUGGCUUCCUCAGCGCCGCCGAUAACUUCAUGUUCGCCUGGAGCUACGCUUACUUGCCGGCAUCCACGUCCACGCUGCUGGCCUCCAGCUCGCUCGCCUUCACCGCCAUCUUUGCGUGGCUGCUCGUCCACAAGAAGCUCAAUGCGUCCAGCGUCAACUCCAUCGCGAUCAUGACGGCCGGGGCCGUCAUCCUCGGCCUCGACUCGAGCUCCGACAGGCCGCCAGGGACGACGAGCAGGCAGUACCUCAUCGGCUUCGUGCUCGACGUUGCUGGAUCAGCGCUCCACGGCCUCAUCUUUGUUCUCUCGGAGCUCGUCUUUGUCAAGCUCCUGGACAGGAAGGUUGGGUCCGCUGUGCACUUGGUGCUCGAGCUCCAGGUGGUCACCUCGAUAUUUGCGUGCCUGUUCACGGUGGUGGGAGUGAUCGCCAGUGGUGACUUUGGAGACAUGGGUGGCGAGUCCCAGGCGUUCAAGCAUGGCCCCGUGGCUUACUAUAUGGUGCUCGUUUGGGCUUCGGUGAGUAAUCAGCUGGGGGUUCUUGCCGGGGUGGCAGUGCUCUACUUGACGUCGGCUUUGUUUGCUGGAGUUCUGAAUGCGGCUAGAGUUCCAUUGACAGCGGUGGCGGCGGUGCUGUCUUUUGGGGACAACAUGAGCGGCUUUAAGGUAAUGUCAAUCCUUCUUACGAUUUGGAGCUUUGGAUCCUACGUGUAUGGAGGGUUUGUGGAAGAAGCAGCACAGCAACACAAGCAAAAUGAAAAUGACUCACUAUGAUUUAUAAUAUAAUGAAUAGGACAUUAGUUCCUAUCUCCGCU